AUGUCUCUUCCGAUCCCCUCCGCAUCGUCGAAUCCUUCUCUCUCCCACCCCUUCACCCCCACCAUACCUUUCUGCCCGCGCAUGGAAGAUUCGACUGGCGACAAACAACGGCAUUUUGAAGCCCUCUCCAAGCUCUCCGAUACGACGUGGACUGCUCCCUUCCGGGACGGUCUCCCCACCCCUCCAAACGAUAUGACCGGGGUGGCAUACACUACCAUCCCACCUUCCAACUAUGGAGGAAAGUUGGACGACUUCACACUACCUCCCUACGUGAGGUCUCAUAGCAACUCGCGCAUGGGCUAUGCAUCGUCGACGAAAUCGCAGACCCAAUCUUCAAGUUCAGAGGCCCCGGCAUCAGCUCCUCCGAGUCAGAAACAGGACCCCGUCGCUUCAUAUCUCCAGAUGCCUUCGUCCAUUAACAACGGCAAAGGGAACCUCGCAGAGUUUGCGGCUCAGAUGACGUGUUUGUUCUGGUUCGAGAACACCGUGAAGUUGAAAGCUAUCGAAGAACGCCUGAAUCCUCCAUUGUUUCUUGUCCCCGAAUCCAUUCCGUCUGCCAACUUUCAGAAGUGGGUAACGAAUAUACUCUCGACCACACAAGUCAGCCAGAAUGUCGUUCUGCUGGCUCUGCUGUUCAUCUACAGACUCAAGGAAACCAAUGCCAGCGUGCGUGGAAAAAAAGGCAGCGAGUACAGGCUGAUGACUAUCGCCCUGAUGCUGGGUAACAAAUUCCUUGACGACAAUACGUACACCAACAAGACAUGGGCUGAGGUAUCCGGGAUCUCUGUUCAAGAAAUCCAUGUGAUGGAGGUGGAAUUUCUCAGCAACGUUCGGUACAAUCUGUUCGUUUCUUCGGCGAAUUGGGCCAAGUGGCACGCCAAACUCGGAAUCUUUGCCGAUUUCUUCAACCGAGCAUCACGGGUGCCGGAAAAGCACGAACUGGGACUUACACCACCCAUGCUUCACGUCUCCAACGCCGAGCCUUCGCCGCGCACGCAGUUAUCUCCGUCAUCGAAGCUACCGUCCCCUCCCGAAUUAGAUGCCUUCCGCUCUCAGAACUGGCAUCUGCCGACUGGCCCUGUCUAUCCUCCCGCGCAGAUGGCCGGUGACAUGCCCCAAGUUGCAUCUCGAAAGAGGGCCCGUGAAGACUACCCUGUCGAACAGCCGGCCAAGAGGGUGGCUAUGCCCAACAUGGUUCCAAACCCAGUCACUCUUCCGUCAUCAUCGUCUUCGCUAGCCAGCGUUCCGGCACUGCCUUCGGUCGUUGCACCAUCUUCUGCGCCAUCACAAGCAUCGAUUCCCACCGUCUCUCGACUUCCUCUUCCCAACUUUCCUCCUUCAACUCAUCCAUUGGGCUCGAGCGUUCCGACAUCUGUCCCUGCACGUACGAUGCCUCCUAUGUACAACCCUUCCAUGAACUGGAUUCCUCCAAUGGCGCCGUCCACAGCGAUGCCUCCGGUCACGAGCGGCCUGUACAACCCUUCUUUGUCGCUGCCUGACCCUGGAAGACAGCAGGGCAGUCCGUUCGCCUUGUCCUCUGCAAACGUGUCGCCCGCUGUCUCGGCGUACUCGGCCCACACUCCUCAAACCCAUCUCUCCCCGUCCUUCUUCCUGGCGAACCGCAACUCUCCAUACCGACCCGUUCGGAACGUCAAUACUCUCCUCAUUCCUCCCCCAUCGACUUCGCUCCAGCAACAACGCAGUAUCCCGUUCGAGCAUAUGCACUAUCAGCCCCUGGGUAAGACGGCUGCGGAGCGAAAGACCGGCGUCCUACCUUACCUUCAUCAGGAUGCUUGGCCACAAGCCGUUCUGAUUCCGCCUAUCCUUCACUCUACACCGAACUACUCGAGCUGA